CGGUUUGCCCCUGGGCCGAGCCCAACUGAAUGAAACCCAACCCAGUGCCCGAAGUGUCGCGCCACCACGAAAUCUUGGGCGAGUGAGCGACUAGGAAGGCGGCGGCGGCGCCGGCGGAGAGAAGAGACGAGAUGCUCAAGUUCCUGUCCAAGGUGGUGGUGGAGUACUGCCCACUGGACCCGCGGAAGGCAGCGGCGGUGGAGCUGCUGGCGCAGUGCAACGGCCGCAAGGCCAAGGACUCCAACCCGACCUGCUCCGUCGAGCUCCGCCGCCUCCCCUCCCCGCCUCACUUAGAGGAUCCCAAAUCGCAGCAGCCUCUCCCGCCCCCGCGGGUCGUCGUCACCUACCUCAACGGCGCCGAGGAGGCCAUCGUCGCGGCCGACGGCGUCACCGCGCAGGGCAUCAGGGACCAGAUCCUCGCCCGUGGGCGGCUCAUCGACACCGAGCAUAUGUUCCGCGAUGGAGGGGAGAAGUGGCCCAUUGUCAUCCCCGAGGAGGAGCUCGGCAUGUCGUUCCCGGGCAUCAAGGGGUGGGCACAAACAAGGUGGCUCCGGGGCAUGCAACCGUGGCAAUAGCCAUGGCUUGGUAGGAGGGAGUGACAGCCGAAGAAAGCUGAGGAGAAGCCCCGGGCCCAGUGACCAAGCAGAGCUUUUCGUUCGAUGUAGCAUGAUUUAACUAAGGACAUAUGUACUCGCACAAACGUUCCACCAUCAUGUUCUGGAAAACUUUCCUGAUCCUGUACCACUUCGAACGUGUUUGUUGACUAGGUGGUCUGGUUCAGUUUUUGGUUUUCUCACUGAAUACAGUUCAGUGUUAGAAGUAUGCUUUCAGUUGUUGCUUUGUACUCUGUAUAAAUAUCAUUACAGUUGUCAGAUAUGUUGUGAACAAAUUUGUAUAGCAAACCUUAUACUGUUGUAGUGUUGUAGCAAACUACAAUGCUCUGCCAUCGAUAUCAAACUCAUGUUUCUUUGGACAUGUUUCCAA